CUCUCCCUCUCUCUCUUCGUCGCCUUCCUUUUGAACAAGUUUUUAAAGAAGCUAGAAUCUUUCACUCUUUGUUCUCAAACACAUCAUCAAAUUACAUACUAGUACACUUGAUCAGGAAGAUGAUCGAAGAGAAGGGUUUGGAUUAUUAUUGGAAAGAAACAAAGAAAUAGAGAAAAGCAAGAAGAAAAGCUGGUUGAGGAAAAAUAAACCAAAAAAAAAAGAAAAAAAGAAAGGCUGAGGCUUACUUCUCAAAAGACAACAACAUAUAUAAAAAGAAGAAAGCUUUGAUCAGCAGCGGAAAGAAAAGAAAGAGCCUUUUUUUCUCCACAGGCCAACAUGUACUGCUCAUUCUAGCUCAUAGCCUUGACCUUCUUCUUCUACUCAUCAUAUACUUUCUAAUAAAUAUCUCUUUCUCUCUUCUUUUUCUUUUUUCUUCUUCCCAAAUCUCCCUUUGUUCUCUUUCUCUCUCCAUUAAUUUUUGAUCAUCAAAUUAAUUAACACCCAUGUUAGCCAAUAACUCUCCUCCCCCACUUCCUUCUUCGGAGCCCUUUUCUUGCUUAGAAAAUGGAAAUAACAAUAAGAGGAAAAGAAGGCCUGCAGGCACUCCGGAUCCGGAUGCAGAAGUGGUGUCCCUGUCGCCGAAGACACUUUUGGAAUCAGAUCGGUACGUAUGCGAGAUCUGCAACCAAGGGUUCCAGAGGGACCAGAACCUGCAGAUGCACCGGAGGCGGCACAAGGUGCCGUGGAAGCUGCUGAAGAGGGAGAGCCCGGUGGUGCGGAAGAGGGUGUUCGUUUGUCCCGAACCGACGUGCCUCCACCACGACCCCUGCCACGCCCUCGGCGACCUCGUCGGUAUCAAGAAGCACUUCCGCCGAAAGCACAGCAACCACAAGCAGUGGGUUUGCCACAAGUGCUCCAAGGCCUAUGCCGUUCAGUCUGAUUUCAAGGCCCAUCUCAAGACUUGUGGCACUAGAGGUCAUUCUUGUGAUUGCGGUCGUGUUUUCUCCAGAGUAGAGAGCUUCAUUGAACACCAAGAUGCAUGCAACAUGGGGCGUCUACGCUCAGAUCAAUCCCAAGUACCACAUCCACAACUGCGGGAGCUGCCGCCUCCGUCGGCGGCAGCACCGUGCUUGUCUCGAACAGCCUCGAGCCCCAGCCGCUCAAGUACUGAUACCAACAAUUUAGUGAACAAUAAUACCACAGACACUACCACAAAUACCAGCUUAGUAAUCCUCAGUCCUGGUUCAAAAAAUCCUCCACGCUUCCACAAUUUAGACCUUCAGCUCUCUACAGCCGCCACUACUACUACUACUGCUACACUCGAAGAAAAUCUUCAGUGCCCUACACAAUUGCAACUGUCAAUAGGUUCGUCAGAUUUCGGUGAAAAGAACUCGCCGAGGGAGAGUAGUACUACUACUAAUAACACAAAUCAUAAUAAUAGCAAUGGGAAGAAGGCGUCGGCAGCAAGGGUGAUGAAAGAAGAGGCACGGGAGCAGCUGAAGGCGGCGAUGGCGGAGAAGAGUUACGCGGAGGAGGCAAGGCGGCAGGCGAAGCGGCAGAUGGAGAUGGCCGAGAAGGAGUUUGCGAACGCCAAGAGAAUGCGGCAGCAGGCGCAAGCCGAGCUUGACAAGGCGCAGGCCCUCAAGGACCACGCCCUCAAGCAACUCAACUCAACUCUUCUCCAACUCACUUGCCAUUCUUGCAAGCAAACUUUUCAGUUUCAUUCUCGUACUGCAACUACUACUGCUGCUGCUUAUAACAUGAUCUCGGAAUGUCAUCAAAUGUUAGAUAAUGAUCAUCAUCAUGUAAUUCUUCGGAGAGAUCUUGAUCAUCAUCUGCACCAUCAUCAUCGUGUUGGGAAAUCUUCUAAUUAAUAUUACCCCACACAUCAUCUUUAUA